UAACAAAGCUCCCAAAAAUGAUAAAGCUUAAAGGAGAAUUGCGAACUGCCAAGGAACUGAAAAAUGAGGCCGGGGAGAGAGACAGAGAAGUGAACAGCCUGAACAGCAAGCUCUUGAACCUGCAACUCGACAUCAAGAAUCUCCACGAUGUCUGCAAGAGACAGGGGAAGACCUUGAAAGAGAACCAGCUGUGUGUGGAGGAAGCCAUCAUGAGUAACAGCCACAACAAGAAGCAGGCCCAGAAGUUACCAUUCAAGGAGACCCAGAUAGACUUCAGGACCACUAAGCAGUGUCACCUGAUGCAACUCCAACAACUAAAGAAGAAGCUCAUGGCCCUUCAGCAGGAGCUGGAGUUCCGCACCCAGGAGCUGCAGACUUCCUACUGCUCCCUUGUGCAGUACCAGUCGAUCCUGGAAAAGCAGACUUCUGACCUCGUCCUUCUUCACCAUCACUGCAAACUUAAGGAAGAUGAGGUCAUUCUCUUCGAGGAGGAAAUGGGGAAUCAUACUAAGAACACUGGGGACAAGCUCCAUCUGGCUCAGGAGCAGCUUGCCUUGGCGGGGGACAAGAUCAUCUCCCUAGAAAGGAGCUUAAGCCUCUACAGGGACAAGUACCAGACUUCCCUUAGCAACAUCGAGCUGCUGGAGUGCCAAGUGAAGAUGCUGGAGGGGGAGCUCAGCGGAAUCAUCAAUCAGGAGCCUGAGAGCAAGGGUGACCACUCGAAGGUGCGCAUCUACACCUCCCCAUGCGUGAUUCAAGAGCAUCAGGAGACCCUGAAGCGCCUGUCUGAAGUUUGGAAAAAGGUUUCUGAGCAGGACGACCUAAUCCAGGAGCUCCGGAAUAAACUGGCCUGCAGCAACUCUCUGGUUCUAGAGCGUGAGGAGGCUUUGAUAAAAUUACAAGCUGACUUUGCUUCCUACACAGCCACCCACAGGCAUCCCCCUACCUCCUCAGAAGACUGUGAGGACAUCAAAAAGAUCCUGAAGCACCUGCAGGAUCAGAAGGACAGCCAGUGCCUGCACGUGGAGGAGUGCCAGAACCUCGUGAAGGACCUGCGCAUGGAGCUGGAAGCCGUGUCAGAGCAGAAGAAAAACAUCACGAAGGACAUGAUGAAACUAGAGCUGGACCUCCAUGGGCUGCGGGAGGAGACAUCAGCCCACAUGGAGAAGAAGGACAAAGAUGCUGCCGUCCUGCAGCGCCGGCUACAGGAUCUGCAGCAGCAGUGCACAGAGUCCCAGAAUCUGGCCCUAAAGAAGGACAAGUUGCUCCAAGACAAGGAUGAGAGGCUGAAUGAGCUGGAAAAGAAACUGACCCAAGUGCAGAACACCCUCAUGGAGAAAGAGACGGAGCUGGAGAAGCUACAGCGCGGGGCCAAAGACUUCGAGGCGAAUCUCCACGAGGCCAGGCAGGAAGCAGCCAAAACGAAGUGCGACGCGCUGCGGGUCGAGAUCCAGACGCUGAAGGAAAGUCUUGAGGAGGCCAAAGAGCAGCAGAAGCUGGCAGAUCAGAAUCUGGCCAAGUGUAAGGAAGAAGCACAUCAGGCUGGAAGCAACCUACAAGAAGCUCAUCGGAAAAUCGAGAGCUGCCUUCUCCUGGACCAGCAGAAGACAGACGUCAUCAACGAUCUGCAGGGUCAGCUGAAGAGACUGCAGAAGGAGUACAAGACCAUUGAAGAGGAACAAACAGGCAACAGGAAACGGAUAGAGGAACUGACCUCAGAACUCAAUGAAGGCCAGCGGAGGCUUGCAGAUCUGGACAAGGAGAAGUCACUGCUUCAGAAGACGCAGAAGGAAGAUGAAAGAAAAAUAAAUGAGUUGCUUGAUGCUGCCAAGGUUUCUGAACAAAAGCAAAAGGAGCUAACAAAAGCCAAAAACAAGCUAGAAGAAGAACUUCUGGAGGUUAAAGGGUUCCUGGAGGAGAAACGGGAGUACCUGAAAAAGAUCAAGGAGCAGGAAAAGUCACUGGAAGGAGAAAUCGAGGCUUUGCGACAGGAAGAAAAAAAGAAAGAAAAGAUGGCGAAGGAGCACGCGAGAAAGCUGGAGGAGGAGAAGGAGAACCUCCAGACAGAGCUGAACAGCUGUACUUCACACCUGCAGUCCUCCAUCAACAAAUACAACAACUCCCAGAAAGUCAUCCAAGACCUCAACAUAGAGAUAGCCCGCCAAAAGGACUCCAUCAUGAUCCUGCAGACACAGCUGGAUUCGGCGGUACAGAAAGAAAAGAGCUGCCUCCAGAAUAUGGUCAGCAAGGAAGCCUACGAAGAGGUUGUGCGGAAGUCAGGCGUCUGCCAGGACGACCUGACACAAGCCCUGGAGAAGCUCACUCAUGCCACCUCCGAGACAAAGAGCCUGCAGCGCAGCUUGCAACAGACCCAGGAGAGGAAAGCUCAGCUGGAAGAUGAGAUCCUGGCUUAUGAGGAAAGGAUGAAAAAGCUCAAUGCAGAAUUAAAAAAACUGCAAGGCUUCCACGAGCAGAGCGAGCUAGAGGUGCACACCUUUGACAAGAAACUGGAGGAGAUGAGCAACCAGGUGCUGCAGUGGCAGAAGCAGCACCAAAAUGACCUCAAGAUGCUGGCGGCUAAGGAGACGCAGCUCCGGGAAUUCCAGGAGGAAAUGGCUACCCUGAAAGAGAACCUCCUUGCGGAUGAGAAGGAGCCAUGCUGCCUGCCUGCAAGGACAGCCAAAGAGCCCUGCAGGCUCCACCGGGAGAGUGACCAGAUUAUGUGCAACGUGGAACAAUGGGCCAAGGAGCAGAAGAUUGCCAAUGAGAAACUUGGAAACAAGCUGAGAGAACAGGUCAAAUACAUCGCCAAGCUAACUGGCGAAAAGGACCACCUCCACAACAUAAUGGUCCACCUGCAGCAGGAAAACAAGAAGCUGAAGAGUGAGAUCGAAGAGAAGAAGCGGAAGUGUGGCAACGCAAGGAUCUGCGCCAAGGUCCUGAGCCCAAGCAAACUGGAGCCCGCCCAGAACGGGAAGCUGUGUGGUUCGCUGGGCUGGAGAGAGGUAUCCCAGGACCUGACACCAAAAAUGGACAUCACCAAGUACAUCGGGAUGCCCCACUGCUCGGGUGCGUGCGCCGCGUGCUCUUUGCUACCAUAAUGUCUCCUUUCUUUGUCCCAUGAACCAAAACAGCAAUA